AUGGCAUCAGAGUCCACCGCUCUGCACCCCGCCGACAUCGGGACCCCCAGUAAGAGGAGCCGGGCAGGAAGGGUGGCAGAUCUCGGUGUUGGCGCUACGGGGGAUGCCAGGGGAGGCCCUCGUGCAGCACAGCGCCUGCGUGUGGCGAUGCUGAGGGAGGUCGCUGUGCGGUCACUGCGCAAAGCCUGGUUGCAUUGUGACUCGAAGCUGCAGAAUGUGCCACGUGACUGUAUGAUUGUCGUAAAGCAGGGUUCGUUUCCCGGUUGCCCCAUUUCCAUGGCAACCAUGGAACCUGUCAACAAAACCGGAAAACGAAGACGAGGGCGAUGUAAAAAUAGGAAACUGUCCCACAGAGCUCCGUCGGGCGGGCAGAUGUUCCCAGCUGUUACUCGAGGGAGGCAAGAGAAGUCGGUUGUCAGUGAGAACCAGAGGAGCAGACAGGGUUUACCAGAGCUCCAUGGGGCCUGCUUGUACGGCGAGAUGACUACAGUUGUGCGCCUGCUGGAGUCCAGGUUAGAGUGGAUAAACAGCAGCGACUCCCUGGGUCACCGACCCAUUCACAUGGUGCUGUCCUCCCAGAGCUCCCCCAACACCUCCGCCUGCCUGAAGUACCUGCUUGAGCGCGGAGCCGACGUCAACGCCACCACAGAUUCAGGGCAGACCCCACUGCACCUGGCCGCCUCAGAGGACCUCCUGGAGUGUGCAGAGGUCCUUGUGAAGGCCGGGGCGGAUGUGCUGGCGAAGGACAGCAUGGGACACACGCCUCUGGAUUUGGCCCGCAUCUGGUGCCGCAGGAAAAUAGCCAGGUUUCUGAAAAGCUGCAUGUGGCAAGCAGAGAAGAAGGAGGAAAUGGAGCAGAGGAUGAUGGUUCAAGCUUUGUACCGUGAUCUUGUGGAUAUGGCCAAACAGAAUAAUCUUAAUAAAAAGACACUAAUCGACGUGAAGGUGACAGAAUGGGCAAGUAAGAAAGGCUUGCCCCUGCUGAAGGAUUUCCCCCACAGAGUGCAGGUAAGCCAGUACCACACCAAGUGCCUCUUACCAGAGCAGAAACAUACCUGGGGCCUGAGCAAGCACCGCCCAGGACGCCCUCAAGGGGACGGGAGAACCUCCGCCAAGCAGCAAUCUGCAGCCUCGACCCCCAGGCCGUGGACAAUGUUCAUGGGUCUGCAGCCAGAAACCCCCCCGAGAGCGCCGGACCUCAGGGACACCGUCACCGUGUGGAAGGACGGUUGCGGUCGGCAAACACAGUAUAUCACCAAGUGGGACGGCACGGCUCGCCCCACGCCCAACCUGCCUCUGGACGUCCUCGAGCGGGCGCUAUUCCCAAGAGCCUUCCCUUCCAGGAUCGCCUCCCUUCAGCACUUUGAGCCUAAGGACAUUGUGGAGGUCCAGCAUCGAGGACACCCUCAGGGGCGAAGCACAUCCCCCUGGACGGAGGUGGCCAUGCAUCUGGCUGAGGUGCUGGAAGCUGGACACUACUGAGCUCCAGAGGCUGUACCUAAGAGGCUUCAGCUAGACCUAGAAUCGGUGGACAGAUGUAAAAGAAGAUUGCAUUAAAACUACUCUAAUAUUAUAAAAUAUUUACCAAUUUGAUAUUUAACCUUUAAUCUGAUAUCAAAAUAAACAAAGAACCCAAACUAUGAAUGACUUAAUCACAUAACAUCAAACAUUUCCUUUCAAGAUAUAUCCAGCGUUCUCGGUUCAGAGUGAGAAAAUUAAAAUAAAUGCCACACUUCCCGAAGCUGCACCUACAAAAGCAGGGCGAACAGAGAGGUGAGGGAAAGGUGAGAAAACCUCAGUGAACUGGGUCACCUGUCACAGAUGUGUCCCUGCACUUUCACUGAUCCCCCUCCAGGGAACCGAACGGGGAUCCAGGUGAGGGCUUGUCAACAGCGCGCGAGUGUGAACUGUGAGCUGUCGUCUGUCAGCCGAAGACGUGCGUACGCGUGUGCACGGUUUUGUCUUUUUCCUUUACUUUAUGAAGAACUUCACACCACACAGGCAUCAACCUGCUUCACCCUCUGUGACCAAGCCACAUGGGUCUCGGAGAACAUAACACCACUCACCUCAACGGUCCGACACACACACACACACACAUUCUUGACAGAGUAGAGGUCAGGCUGUGACCACAGUUGGAAAAUCCAUCAUUCUGCAAACAAAAUGUAACAGUGACUGAAUGCGUUGAGCAGAUUCAACUGUAAAUAACGCAGAUCAGCACCUUUAUUUAUUUAUUUUUGCUUUAUUUCCUUGAAACCUGUGAAAAGAACUAUUUAAUCCCAGUUAUUUCAACACUUCUUUUAUUACACAGCUGUGUUCGUACCUGCCCUAUGACAAAUCAGGAUAAUUGGUAAAAGUAAUGUCAGCAUUUGUAACGUUUCAUUAGAAUCACUUUGAGCAGCAUUUGCCCCCCCCAGAAAAGGUAAGCUUUAAAAGGUUCAGAUCUUGAGAUGUGUUUUGCAUUUUCCUUUGAUGCGAGGUUCACUCUUGGGUCAAUGUACAAAAAUGUCUGUUAUCACUAUGAAUUCUUACAAAGAGUCCAAAAAAAGACAGACAGGCGGCCACAAUGGUAGUGAUUAAUGAGCUUUGUUUUUGUGGCCAAAUGUCGCCAAUCCAGGGUAGGAGACAUCACUUGAACGUAAUGGUUUAAUGUUAUUCCUCCAAAGUAACUUUAUUUAACCCCUGUUCACCAAUACAGCAGUGCAGUUGUUGCACUGCUGUAUUGGUGAACAGGGGUUAAAUAAAGUUACUUAUAGUUACACAGUUACACAUAUCGCCUGGUAAUCAGAACAGGACUCCAUUGAUUCCUUACUAAUUUUAAUGUCAGUUGUUUCUUAUUUUAAUUAUUCUUAGUCAACACUCGUGUGGUGACUUUUCCAUAUUUCUUACACCAUCCUAUCUAGGGCCAUUUCACACCAAAUCUCAGGCGAACUUACAGCGAUCAGCCACAACAUUAAAACCUCGGACUGAUGACGUGAACAACAUUGUUCAUCUCAUUACAACACACUGUUCUGCCUUCAUGCGGAUGAUACUUAUACACUGGGGUGUAUCGGGAAACUGAGAUCAGGGCAAACCAAGACAUUUUUUAAAUGAUCAGAUCAGGCUUCAGUCAAGCUCGAUCUUUUGGAGUUAUUUGUUUUAGGUCCAGCGCAAGUCAAAACCUGUGCCGCCUACAAAAAAAAAAUAUAUGCAAAACGGUAUACACUGAGCAGAAAACUGCAUUGAAACAACAAAAUGUUUCCUCGAGAGAACACAUGUGGAAGAGAACGCAGGUUUUCAACAUCUGUUGGAGUCAGAAAAGGGUGACUAUGACCAUUCACCUCCACCCCAGAGCAACAACACCACAAAAACUGCUUUGCAACAGUU